CCCAAGAUAAUCUUCAAUAUUUAUAGGUAUAUUAUUCUUGAUGCGGUUGACACACAAACACAGAAUUUCAAUCGUUUAAGUGAUAUGCAAAUAAAACAAAUUAGAAGCAGUACAGCCAUCACCCAAUAGACUAAUAACAGGAAGAGGAUCCUACCGCCUAGGACCAAAAUUAGGUGACAGAAAUGGGAGCAGCUUCCUCCUCAGCCAAGAAUAAAACAAUGGCGCUUUUUCACCGGUCUAUAUCGUUAGAUCGAAAACAAAUAAUUCCUCAAAGAAGCCUUAUCGUUCAUGGAAGAUAUGAUUAGAUUAUUGAAUUAAAUUGUAACUUUUUAUUCAAUGAAGCUAAGAUUGCAAACAACGAGUCUAGAGUGCUUACCUAUUAUUAUUUGCUCAUGGACCAAUUGAGGGGUCCAUUAUCUCGUUGACCCAGUAAGUACAUGGAGUAAGUGCCCCCCAAAGUAAAUCUACAAUAGUUUUGAUAGACCCAGAAUCCUUCAGUGUGUACAAGAACCUCUGGUAUGAUAUAGGGACGAAAUGAAAUCUGUUAGAUUGCACAUCAGACAAGUUUUGAAGGCGUUGUUGAAAGUUUGCAUUACCCCUGACAGGCAGAUUGAAUACCUCUGGAAUUCAACUUACACCUAUUAACUCAGGUCAACAACCCUAAAAUGGCGGAAAUUGUACUGGAGGGUAUGCAGUCCUCAGUGGAUGUGGGGGAGAAGACUGUACUUGGACUAGGGGUAGCAGAAAUAGGGGCUGCUAUGCAACGUUUUGAUUGGCAAGACUAUGGCUCUUUCGUUGCGAUGUUAUUUCUAUGCGUUUUAGUAGGAUUUUACUUCGGCUUCAUCAAGAAAUCUGAGAAUGCCCAGGAAUAUCUCAUGGGGGGUAGAAAUAUGCAGAUUUUUCCUGUGUCCAUGUCCCUACUAGCUAGUUAUAUUAGUGGUAUUUCGAUGUUGGGUAUUCCAACAGAAAUUUAUGUUUACGGAAUCCAGUAUUUGUAUAUAGUAGGGGGAUUGUUCAUAAUGGCUUUUGUUUUUCGAUACAUUUACUUACCAGUGUUCCACGACUUGAAUUUGACGUCGACUUAUGAGUACCACGAAAGGAGGUUCAACAAAAAAGUCAGAUUUUUUGGAUCUGUUUUGUUCUCCUUUGGAAUGAUAACCUGGCUUCCUUUGGUAAUAUAUGUCCCAGCCUUGGCCUUCAAUCAGGUUACUGGGGUGAAUGUCCACUACACUACACCUGCUGUUUGCAUCAUCUGCAUAUUUUACACGUCAAUGGGCGGUUUGAAAGCAGUGGUGUGGACUGACGUCAUACAAACAAUCAUAAUGUUUGGAGCAUUGAUCCUGGUGGUAGUUAAAGGUACCUUCGAUGCUGGAGGAUUCGGGAACGUUUGGCAGAGAAACUGGGAUAGUGAUAGAAUUGAAGGGCCGAAUUUUGAUUUAGAUCCCUCGUCAAGACAUACAGUAUGGUCUCUGUCGAUAGGAGGGUUUGUCUAUUUCCUUCAGAAUGGUGCGGUUAAUCAAAAUAUGGUCCAGAGAUUCUUAUCGUUAUCUUCGAUCAAGUCCGCAACGAGGUCCUUAUGGUUGUACGUUAGUUUACUCGUAGUAACAAUGUCCGUUUGCUGUUAUGCUGGGAUGGUAAUCUAUGCUAUAUACCACAAAUGUGAUCCAUUAACGACAAUGUUGGCCAAGGAAAAAGAUCAAUUGCUGCCAUUGCUUGUGAUGGAAACCAUUGGGGAUUAUCCAGGACUACCAGGAAUAUUUGUUGCGGGGAUAUUCAGCGCAGCAUUGAGCUCCUUAUCAACUGGACUAAACUCAAUGGCAGCUGUGGUUUUGGAAGAUUUUGUCAAACCAUUAAGUUCCGAACCUUUAACUGAUAAGCAAACCUAUCUAGUGAUGAAAAUAACAGUCAUUGUGGUUGGUGUAGUCUGUGUUGGUCUUGUAGUGAUAGUGGAAAAACUUGGAACAGUAUUACAGGUGACCAUGAGUUUGAAUGCGAUCGCGAGUGGUCCAUCUCUUGGAAUUUUCACAAUGGGGAUACUUUUACCGUGGGUCAAUGCAUGGGGUGCUUUGAGUGGAGGUAUUUCUGGGCUAGUGUUCAUGUCCUGGCUUGGUUUUGGGGCUCAAGCUGCUAUAGCUUCCGGAAAUUUGAGAUUUCCUGAGAAAACAGUCACAACCGAAGGAUGCCAUUAUCAUUUUGUACCGAAACCAUCGUCUUCAUUCUUAGAUAUUCAUUUCGACCCCACAUUGAACGCUACUGACAUAACCCAUACAGAUGAAAGAUUCAUGUUGUACCGUCUAUCAUACUUAUGGUACACCCUGAUAGGGACCUUGGUAACCAUCAUGGUAGGAUUGGCUGUGAGUUAUUUCACCACACCAAAUAACCCACAAGAUGUAGAUCCUCAAUUACUUACACCAUUCGUUAGAAAACUGAUAAAACCAAGGAAAUUUCCCAAUGAACCCACUGAUAGAAUCAUUUUCGCCUAUAAAAACGCAGAAGAAGAUAAUGAUAUGCCAAAUGCGAUUUCUAUGAGAAAAAUUAAAGAAGAUGGGCCAGUCUGAGGUGAAGAGUCGGGGAAUACCAAUUUUUUACCCUUUGUAUAUUUGUUGAAUUUGCAACAAUCUUUUUAUGUUUUUUUGUACAGUAUUUCUUUAUAUAUCUUAUUGAUGGCAAUAAAAGAACUGAAAUAAC